AAGAGAAAGAUGAAGCUCUAAAUUGGGGAUAUUAUGAAUGGAUAACCAACAAAACAUUUGUUGAGUCCUAAUCUCGCGCUCUCGGUCUGUCUGUGGAUUGAGUCUAGGGUUUCGUCUCCAUCCUCCGGAAAGGUACGCUAUGGUCAGGAACAAUCUGAAGCAUAGCUAUCUGCAAAAGGGUUUAUAAUUGGCAGGCAAUAAAGAAAAUAGGAGUUUCAAUCUCUGAAAAUUUCUGCCCGCCUGAAUUUGAAUACCCUUUUCACCUACUCAGUGUAGAUGAUUUUGAGGGCAGGUCUUUGUAAUGUACAACCUUUGCUACCUGGAUUGGGUGAAGGAUUAAUCCAUAUGAUGAACACAUUGAGCUUUGUUUUUGCAGUGGAAAAGUUAACCUAAAGAGUGGGAGGAGUGGAGAGGAAAGAAAAAAGAUUUAGCUUGAAUGGAUCAAAUCUCCUCAAGGGAAAGAGAUCUUGAAGUAGAUCUUGGAAAUUGUAGUGGAAAUACUAGCGAGGAGGAUGGAGGCAGGGACCCUGUUUUGGGCAAUAUACAGGCAAAUAAACUAUUUAGUAGGGUUGGCAGUGAGGUUUGGAAUUUUGAUGGAUCAGUUAAGGAUGAAAAUGGUGUAAGUUUGAUAAAAAAUUUGGUAAAAUACGGCAACACUGCAGAUGUGAAUGUAGAGCUGUUGAUAGACAUCAGUUCAAGAGGGGAAGAGAGUCGAGAGAACAGCAAUCUUGCAAUGAAGCAAUAUGUGAAUGAGAAGCAUAAAAAGACAAACUCUAGAAAGCCUCCUAAGCCACCUCGACCUCCUCAAGGUCCUUUGUUGGAUGCUGCUGACCAGAAAUUUGUUAGGGAGAUAUCUGAGCUUGCAAUGAGGAGGCGUGCUAGGAUUGAGCGGAUAAAAGAGUUGAAGAAAAAGAAAGCUGCCAAGGCAUCGUCAAUGAGCAGCAGCAGUUUAUCUGCCAUGAUCAUAACAUUUCUCUUUUUCAUUAUAAUACUAUUUCAAGGAAUAUGCUCCAGAGCCAGUUCACAUGAGGGGUUUCAGGGAUCGCCUGAGCCAGUAGUGAACUCAAGGAAAAGUUUGAUUUCAGUUCAAUAUUACAAAAACCUCCCUCCCAAUGAGGGCAAUGAACCUGGUUCCAACUCACUCAAUUCAGUAGAACAACAGGUAUCAGGCCUCAAAAAAAUAUUGGAUAGAGUUUAUGGAUGAAACAGAAAAGCACUGAAGAAUGAAAGAUGCAAUGGCUGACUUAUGUAGGAUCAUAGCUUUACCCAGACACCAUGAAAUAUUUUGCCUGACUGUCCUGGUUUCUGUAUAUAUGUAACUCUUAUGAAGCUUGUGUGAUGUAAAAGUUCUAAUUUGUACAGCACUGAAAUUCAUAGGGAAGCCAUGGUUUUGCAAGUUUUAUUGGUAAUACAUCAAUCUAUUGAGGAUUUGUACC